AAUUAUGAAUAUUAAAUGCAGCUGUGUAUGUGUGCCGCUGACUUGGCUAAACAACAAUUACACUAGUGCAAUGCAGUUAAAACAUUAGUAAGCUUACUAAACACUUGCCGCAGCAUAAUAGUUAACGCUCCAGUUUGUUAGUGUGUGUGUGUGUGCCGUUUGACAAAUUAAAAUGCAUAAAUUAUGAAUAAAACGUAGCGUUACGUGCGUGACAACAAAUAAUUUGUUAUUAUUAUAAUGCAUGUGGGCAGCUAAAACAAAAACGAAAAAACGCUUACGAAUUUCGCUAACUUUGCAACAAGGUGUAACUUUAAUAUUGCAGACAAGGCCAAUUCAGUUGAAAACAGCAACGCACAGAAAUAAAAUGAAAACAACUAAAUAUGCCAAGUGCCGGCAGUGCCAACAACAACAACAACAACAAUGGCUCUAAGGUAAAGCUGCUUGCUUUUCAUUGCCAACAACGUUGACUUCCUGCCCACAAAGCAUAUUAAGCUCUAGCCAGCAGCAGUAGCAACAACAGCAACAACAACAACGAGUAAGAGAACGACAAGGCAAAUAACAGGAAAAUGAAUCGACAAUAGCAACAGCAACAGCAACAGCAGCAAUUUGUAUUAGUUCUCGCAUACAAAGCAGAGCGAGUGCAAGGCUCAAGGGAGUGAACGGAAAAACGCUUGCAAAUAGACAAAACGCAAAUAGCUAAACAAACAACGAGGUCGCACGCAUGUAAAUGUAACCAGCACACAAAGAGAUAGACAAAUACUUGCAUGUCUGUGUGUGUGUGUUUGUGUGUGUCUAUGUGUGUGUGUAUAGCGCAUAAUAAGUAGAGUAAACAGCAAAAGGAGCGCAUGGAAAAUAAAAAUAAAUAGCAAGCGACAACUAAAAGGAGCAAAUAAACAGCAGGACGCAGCAGCGAGGCAAGAGCCUGACGCGUUCCCUCGUUGGCGGUCAACUCAAAUUUAUUGCAGUGCACAAAUGAGCCAACAACAACAACAGCAAACUAAAACGCAAAGCAAACAGCAGUAAAAGCAGCCAGCACAAAAGCAAGAGCGAGAAAGUGUAGCGAAAGAAAAAUAACCAAAAAUUGGGAAGCAAAUUGAAAAAUUAAAGUUUUACCAGCAAACGACGAAAGCGACGACGACGACGACGAAAAGAAGAAAAACUUGCAAAAAAGGCGCCACAAAGUGUUACAAGCGCCAACAACAACAACAACAACGAAAAGAAAAGCGUAAAGCAGCGUGAGGAGCGAGCGAACACAUUAAUGCAACAAAAUGGGUGCAACUUUGAAUAGACGACGACGGAGCCUGCAACUGAACUUGAGCAGCUGCCAGUUGAGUCUGCAGCUCGCUUUGAUGUUGGCCACAACGCUGUGCAGCGUGACAGUGGAGAGCUUGACGAUGACGGAAAUUCGCAUACCAAAGCAUAUUAUGCGCCAUGAGGACGCUGUGCUGGGCUGUAAAUUUGAUUUGGACGGCGAGUCGCUGUACUCGGUGAAAUGGUAUAAGGAUGGCUUCGAAUUCUAUCGCUAUGUGCCAAGGGAUAUGCCACCUGGACAGGUGUUUCCGCUGCCAGGCGUCGAUGUGGAGCUACAAAACUCCACAGACGUGUCCGUUGUUUUGCGCUCGGUUAGUCUGCAGUCCUCAGGACGCUAUCGCUGCGAAGUGUCCGGCGAGGCGCCUUCGUUCCAGACAGUUUCCGGUCAUGAGGACAUGAUUGUUGUGGUAACGCCACGACGUGGGCCAGAAAUCACAGGCGGUCAGCCGCGUUAUCAAAUUGGCGACAUGGUGCGCGUCAAUUGCACGUCGAAGCCCUCGAAGCCGGUAUGUCAUCUCAGCUGGCUGAUUAACGGUAUGCACGCGAACCGUUCUCUGCUGCGCCCCUACGAGCCGCUGGUGGUGGGACGCGAGGGCUUGGAGGUGGCGCGCCUUGGCCUGGAGUUCCGUGUGCGCGCAUGACAUUUCAAACACGGCGACAUGAAGCUAAAGUGUGUCGCCAAAAUCUCUUCGGUGUACUGGCAGAGCAAUGAGGAGAGCGUGGAGAGCGACAAGCAUCAGCGCAUACCAGUGCUCGAGUCAAGGGAAACGGUGCGUCAGCAAGACAAAUCACUGGAAGACAAGCAGCUUAAGAAGAGUCGUCGUCCAGCAGCGGCCACGUCUGUGGCAUCGGCGGCGGCGGCGGCGUCAAGCGCGAGUGCGUCACGCGCAUUAGCAGGCAAAUCCAUAGCUCGCAUUUCGCUCUAUGCACUGCCCGUUCUAAUAGCAUUUCUGUGUUGCUGUGCGAGCAACAAUUGGUUAACGGUUAAUCCGCUCACGCCCACAAGCACUAACAAGCACGGACACGAACACGGACACGUUCGCGGACACGGACACGGACACGGACUGCAAUUAAGCGAUGCCAUGCAAGCUUUGGCCAGAUAACAAUUAAGGAUGAUGUAUGGGCCAAAGGCAAUGCGAGAUGCUGUUGCUGCAGCUGCUUGCGCGUGUGAGUGUAAAUAUUUGAACUUCGCCAAUACACAGCACAGAGUUGAAAAAAUGAAUACACAUUAAGUAUACGCUGCAGACAAUUUAUAGCCCAGCACACAGCGAGCUCAUGUAAAUAAAUUUAGCAUAAAUUGUGUGCGUCGCUUAGAAAUCUGCUCAAAGAUAAAUAAAUAUGCGUAAAUAAUUGAAUGCAUAUUUAAUUAGCAGCUAAGCGCAUAAGUAGCCAAAUAUUUAAGAUAAGCUUAGACAAUUCUUAAAUAGUAAAAAUGCUUGUUGUAGUGAAAACAAAUGAAUUUGUUUGCUUGCUGUUGUAUGUAAAAGAAAAUUAGGCAAUUAAAAUAUAUAAAUGUAAGCUAAGCAUUAUAAACUAAGCUGCUUAAAGUUUUAAGCGCUGCUUAAUUCAACUCAAAUUGUAUAAAUUCCUACGAAUUCUCUUUUUAAAUUAAAUGUAAAUUAAAUGCACAUCACUCAUAACUAGCGCAUAUCCCUGCAAACAUAUUAAAUGUUAAACAAUUGUUAAAUGUUUAGAUUAAGCCGCAAAGCAAUUUGCUUAAUAUGCAACGCAUAGCUCUAAGUUGUAGCACACUGUAAAAUAA